AUGGUCAACGCACUUUUGGCAGCUGCCUUCCCCACCAAGGAUGGCAAAGUCUUGCAGGCAGGCGAUCUUGUGAAGAACUUCGACUUCAGUAAGAUGAACGUGAAAGAAGACACCAAGCAGGACUUUCUCAACUGCGCCCUUGCUCCCUCGUUCAAAAAGCUUUCAUCUGCUGAAAUCCAAGCACUCGAUGAUGAGAUGAAGAUUAUGAUCACCGGCCUUACUAAGCAGCUCGGGAAGCUGUCUCCUAACGACCGCACCUGGGAUGCCAUUGUAUCUCUUUGCGCCCAGAGUCCUUUCCUCGCACCCUUGGAUGACGGGAUCGCAAGGACUGACAGUCUCGUCAAGAACUCGUCUAGCGCUUUCAAGACCGACGGCUCUCCUGACUCGGGCAUUGUGAAAGAGGUCACUGCUUGGUUUAAGAAACUAAUCCAAGACGAGGAUGUCCUUAACAGCACAAAGAUUGAUAUUAAUGUUCUCGGUCGAAUCGUUGCUCAGUCUGGUGCAACCGUCGAUUCUUUUGAGUCUUUCUUCCAUAAGACUGAGGAGCAUACAAAGACUGUCAUUGAUAUUGGAGUUCUACGAUAUCCCGAUAUCGAUAACCCAUACUUCAAGAUCUACCGAAUCAAGUUGACCGCCUGGUCCAAAUCUACCCGUACACUCGCCUGGCAGGAGGAUCGUAACGGCAUUCAGGGAGAGUUCAAUGUGAGGAAGUACAAGCCUCGAUCUAGCGUGAUUAACAACCUCACGGACGCGGCUAAGGCUGGAGCUACAAAGCAAGCAGCAGACAUUCUCGGAGAUUUGUAG